GUCCUAUUGAAGCAAGGAGCCCACGGUUCACGAUGCAGUGUAGCAUCCAGUUGCAUGUUCUUGACAUACCGCCGGUGGCCACUCGUCAGGAAGCACCGACCUAUUUGUAGUGAGGGAUUGAGAAUAUUCAUCGGGUAUGAAGUAGAAGGAGGGCAUGGAGAGACACCAUACCGCCCCUUCGCCCCGGUUCUCAUCAUCUCCUGCGUCUCGGCGGUCCUCGUUAUGGCGUUGGUGGCCGUGGCGGACCCGUCGCCCAGCAGAUUGGCAGAUGCUGCCUUGGGUCCGAAAGAGUACGGAGUACGGUAGUAGUGUAUUCGUAGAGCGCCCUGAUGCUGGCACUUGGCUGGUCAGAUCAUAGAUGAGUUGAUGGGUGGGUCAGUGGAAGCAAUAGUCUCGGCUCCGCUACAUGGGGAGGGAGGCAUUUCCAAUGUGUUCUUCGGCACGCGGUUGCAUGUGGAGGAUGUGUGCCAUGACAUCCAGUCUAGGCCCAAGUCCAUGGUCCAUGGCGUUCCGCCUGCUGCUGCUGCUGCUGCUGCUGCUGCUGUCGCUGCUGUCGCUGCUGCCGCUGGUGUUGGUGCUAGGCGCUGUGAUGCAUCUGGUGUCAGGAGUUGGUCUGUGCCGCAGCAAUGCGUUGAAGCAAAGCCGGGUUGGGUGCGCCGGAUUUCGACCAGAGCAGAGCAGAGCAGAGAGUGGGAAUGUAGCAGGGCACCUCACUACAAUCGAGUGAGGUUGGCGCUUGGCUUGGGGUGUCGAAUGGCGAGACACAACCAGCGGUGUCUAUCUCUGCAAAGGAUGCAACGACGAAGGAUGAUGGGAAGGGAAUGAGAGGACGGGAGAGAAGGUUGGUUGGCA